AUGUAUGAAUGCGGGGAUUGCUAUCGCCGCUUCCCCAGCGGCUGGCGCGCCCGUGACCAGCACUGGGAGGCCACCGGCCACAGCAUUCCCGAUUUUGAGUGCUUCACUUGCGACGAGUACUUCAACGACAACUGGGACCGCUCUGAGCACAUGUGGGACUACCGCCAUCUUCCCGACGAAUACUACGAAUGCGAGAAAUGCAUCGAGGUUUUUGAGACCCAGUCCGAGGCCACCAGACAUGAGGUUGAGCGCCAUCACUAUUGCAACGUCUGCCAUCGCACCUUCGACAAUCUCAACAGAUCCACCCAGCGACUCGCCUCUGAUCUCGGACUGCCAGCGCCUGGCGAACAAUCUUUCUGGGAAUGGCACCUUCAAGUACAGCAGCUUUGGCAGGCACAAGACGCUUGCUCAGUAUGGAUCUUGGUAAGUCUUUACGGUGUUUCAAGGUAUGAGGAUGGAUAG